GAGGAGAAUAGAGGGGUUAAAGAGCAUGCAGACCCCCACAUGCUGCACAGGUCACAGCCUGAGCCUGCGCCUGCGCUGCAGAGCUGCAACUGGAGCGGAAUUGUAAAGAGGAAACAAAACAAGAGAGAGAUGAGCGACGCGAUGCAUGCUGGCUGGCCGUCUGCUCAACGGGGUACAUCGCCAACUCUCAAAUCUUGUGGCAGUCCCAGCUUCGGUCAGUCCCGCGGCACAGGCUUGCUAUGCGGCGGCUCUUCAGGGCUCGAGGGUCCCUAAAAUUCCAGAUGUCUCCAGAUAUCAGGUCCGACGGCUGCAGGGCUGGGAUCGGAACCCACUCGGAAGCGGCACCCACAGCCGCCGCUUCACGAUCUUGUCAUCGAUUGGACCCUCCCUUUGGAAAAAUGAUGUCUCUGUUGAAUCAGAAUGUGAGAUUGUGGUCCGUUGCUCAGCUCACGCGGCGGUUCCAGAAACCCUCGUCCAUGUAGGGGCGAGCACGGAAAUUUCUUGGAGGGCUGGAGGGGCGCCGCGCCGCGCCGCGCAGCUUUCCAUGGGCGUUAGCUGAUCAGACGGCGGAUUUCGAGUCGAUGCUUGAAUCUUCUUGGUGGCCGACAGACAACAUCUCAUCGCCACCCCCCUGCUCUGCAAAGUCUGCAUAGAAAUAUAUGUACCAUGUUAUACAGAUGAUAGACCUCGUC